AUGAGCAUUGUGACUCUCACCGAGACUCGAUUCUCCGAACAGGGCCAACCGGAGGAGAUAGGUGUCGGAUGCACCUUCUUCUGGAGUAGGCCUCCCACGGUAGAGGGACGUGCGGCUGGCAUCGUCUUCGCCAUCCCGAACGGCAUCGUGCGACGGCUGCUAUGUCUACAGCAGAGUAUAAAUGACCGACUCAUAACUCUGCAGCUGUCUCUUCAGGGAAGUAAAUCCGCCACCAUCGCCACCGCCUACGAUCCCUCCUCCCCAAUGAACAGCCCCGACCAGGUGAAGAAGAAAUCUUACGAAGAUCUGAAGUUACUCCUAUCGACUUUACCGAGGACGUACAAAUUGCUUGUGCUUGGGGACCUCAGUGCUCGUGUCGGCACAGACCAUACUUUCUGGGAGGUAGUACUCCGUUAUCACGAGAUUGGCUGCUUCCUCCUGCAGGCCUGCGCGAAGCAGGAUCUUCUCCUGACCAACAUCUUCCGUCUUCCAAUGUGCGAGAAGACGACGGCGAUGCACUCCCGCUCGCGUCAAUAA